CACACGGGGACCAGUCUUUGGAAGUUGUCGUACUGGGCAGGUUAUGAGAGGCUGAGGGAGGAAUGAGCAGAGUUGAAUUACAAACACAUUUUCGUGUGUCUUUGCUCCACUCCAUACCAGCGUGGGUAAAGAUAGGCGACGGAUUUUAGCCACCAAAUCUCAGCGGGAAUACUGAGUAAUUUCUCAAUGCGAGAUUUAUUGAGGAGACUGGAGCACGGGUUGUAGACUACUCGCGCCUGUCUCACCUGCGUGACUUUUCAGAGUGUCUUUUGGAAACUGCGACCGUAAGCUUAGAUUUGAAAAAAUAGAGCAGAGCCGCAACACGAUAUAUCGUAUCAUUGAUUUGAAUUGAAUGGAUCAUUGUUCGCUGAAUUCGUCUAUAUGGGAUGUACUGUGAGUUUCAUCUGUUGUGAGGACGAGUUGUUGGUGCCCCUCGGUCGCUAUGAGGAGAAAGAGAAAGAAGAAUCCACAAUAUUAUCAAAGCCUGAGGAGUUGGAGAGUGUCCACACACACAAUUUCAAGCUUAAGCCCUUCAAGAAAGUCAAGAGCUGUGAUGUAUGUCAGCAGGCCAUCACCAAGGAUGGGCUCAUCUGUAAAGUGUGCAAGCUGGGCAUCCAUAAGAAGUGUGAGGUGAAGGUCCUUGCAGAUGCAUGUGUGGCACCUACCGGAUCACCUACCAAGCCGCCGUCCACUGAUCCUCCUUGGAGGUCAGUUGCUUCACUUAAUUCACGGCCGGCGACUCCUCAGCUGCCGUUGAAGCAUGUAGAAACUCCGGGAACCCCAAGGUCCUGUAAGAGUGAGCAGACUAGACGAAGGCCAUCACGGAGUGUCAGUCUGCUGCAGGCCAUGGAUGAGAACUAUGAGGUGGACCUGGUGUAUAUCACCGAGAGGAUCAUCUCUGUCUCCUUCCCCAGCGGAGCGGAGGAGCGCAGCUACACCUCCAACAUCAAGGAGGUGGCCUCCAUGCUGGCCUCCAAACACGGGGAACACUAUCUGCUCCUCAACCUAAGUGAGCGGAGGAAUGACAUCACCAAGCUUAACCACAAGGUGCUGGAGUUUGGCUGGCCAGACCAUUAUGCUCCUGCCCUGGAUAAGAUCUGCAGCAUGUGCAAGGCCAUGGACACCUGGCUCAACGCUGACCAACACAAUGUAGUGGUGCUUCACAACAAGGGGAACCGUGGGAGGACAGGAGUGGUGGUGGCUGCCUACAUGCAUUACAGCAACAUAUCAGCCAGUGCUGACCAGGCACUGGACAGGUUCGCUAUGAGGCGCUUCUACGAAGACAAAGCACUUCCUGUGGGUCAACCGUCCCAGAGAAGGUAUGUGCGUUACUUCAGUGGUCUGCUCUCUGGCCACAUCAAGAUUAACAACAAGCCUCUGUUCCUGCACCAUGUCAUCAUGCACGGCAUCCCCAACUUCGAGUCCAAAGGAGGCUGUCGUCCUUUCCUGAAGAUUUACCAGGCGAUGCAGCCAGUCUACACCUCAGGGAUAUAUAACGUACAAGGGGACAGUCACACCAGUAUCUGCAUCACCAUUGAACCUGGCCUGCUCCUAAAGGGAGACAUUUUGUUGAAGUGUUACCACAAGCGUUUCCGGAGCCCCAUUAGGGAUGUGAUAUUCAGAGUGCAGUUCCACACCUGUGCCAUCCACGACCUGGGAGUGGUCUUCGGGAAGAAUGAACUGGAUCAGACUUUUAAAGAUGAGAGAUUUCCAGAAUAUGGGAAAGUGGAAUUUGUCUUCUCCUUCGGACCUGAGAAAAUCAAAGGAAUGGGCCACCUUGAGAAUGGCCCACAAGUGUCGGUGGACUACAAUACCCAAGACCCCCUCAUCCGCUGGGACUCCUACGAGAACUUCAACAGGGGCUGCGAGGAUACAGGAGAUGACGCUGUUCACACCCAAGGCCCCCUCGACGGCAGCCUGUAUGCCAGAGUCCACAAGAAAGAGUCCCUCGAUGGAGUGAUCACAAUCAACGUGGGCCACGCCUCCCUGCCCGCGGUCGACCACGCCCUGUCGGUCAGCAGCGACUCUGGGAACUCGACAGCAUCCGUCAAAACCGAUCGCACAGAUGACCACAGUCUGUUGCUGCAUGGAGCGGUGAAUACCAACCAGAACCACAACACGCCCAGUCAUCCCCCUCUCAGUCCCCAGGAGAAGAGAGAGUUGGACCAGCUUCUGAGUGGCCUUGAGGCCCCCAUGCUCCACCGCCAGGCGUACCUGGCUACCUCCACCAGCCCCGGGGGGGCAGUACGCCACCUUGUCCCAGCCCAGGUGCACGUCAGCGGGCAUACCCGGCUCAUUGCAGCCCCCUCCACCGAAGAGCGCGAGACGGACAUCUUGGACGACGAGCUGCACAUCAGUCAGGAGGGUAACAGCGUGGACAGUCUGGGAACACUCUCGUCAUUGGACGGCCAGGCCACGCCCGCAGAGCUGUACUACCAAUCACAGAUACCCAUUAAUAGGCAGAACGACGGGCCAUACCUAGAGAAGCUACGGGAGAUGCCGGUGCAUCGGGUACGGACUUCUACGUCGGCACAGGAGCGGAUCAUGGACUCCAGUUCGCCCCAGGAGGAGGAGUACUCUCCUAACAGUUACCAGAACGGGAGUAUGCAGCGUUCCCAGUCCUUCGGGACCCCCGAGCCUGGAGGCCCCAAGCUGCCCAGGGCCCCUGAGAGGAGCACCAGUAGCAGGGAGGCAGUCCAGAGGGGGCUGAGCGCAUGGCACCAGUACAGUCUGCCAGAUGACCCCUUCGGUCCUCCCUUACAGAGCACCCACAGUCUGCCCCACUUCCCCCCCACCGCCUCUCAGCAUGACAUAGAGCAGUCUAUCGAAGCCCUCGACAUGCUGAUGCUGGAUCUGGACCCACACACAGGACAGGUGCCCAAGUCCUACAGCGCCCCCUCUGGUGAGAACAGUGUAGGAGGGCCAGCCCAGAUCCCCUUCUCCCAAUCUCUGGCCAGGCCAUCCUACCAGGCAGACUCAGCCAUCCAUGGCUAUAACAUUAACUACAAUGCCUUUGGACAGCCUCUGAGGUCGACGGCUGGCCGGGUUUCAACGUCGCCCAUCCAGAGUCCUGUGGCUGAGUCUCCCCUGUCGUAUGCCCCCCCGAGGUCCGCCUCGUACCAGCCCCAUACCAACACCACUCCCAUACACCCCCCCGAGCCCUACCACAUGCACCCAGCUCAGGGGCCUGGUUCCCCCCUCUACCCCUCUGACUCCUCCUCCAUCUUCGGACAGCUCCAGAUGAAGCCCCUGAACUCGUACCCAGGUGGGACGGUGGUGUCCCACUCCCCAGACCGCAAGGGAGGGUCUCCCUAUCAUGGCUACAGCACCUCCUCCUCCCCCCUCCCCAACUCUUCCCCCCUUCUCAAGGAGCCAGAACCUGAGGAGGAGAACCUCAACCUGGAGGGCCUGGUGGCUCAACGCAUCGCUGAGUACAACGCUCGUAUUCAGGGCAUCAACGAAAGCAUUUCCACUACGCCACAAUCUGACCGCCAUCGCUCUUAUUCUUUCUCUGGGAUGCGUUCCCGUGGGAUGACGCCGGAGGAGUCUCAGGAGACCGUCCGCCGUCGGACCACUAGCGAGGGGCACUACCAGAGUGGCAACGAGGACCCUCCAGCCCACACGGGGGCGCCGGUGCGCUCCCCUGUCCACUCGUCACACUUCCACAUCCUCAACCCUGGAGGAAGACCCAGAGAGGGCCCCAUGCACAGCUACCGCGAGGCGUAUGGGGAUGAUGAUGCUGACGGUCGGGCUGCUGUCAGUCCUAUGUUCAGCAGUGGUGGUGAGGCCCACCCCCUGACCCCUGCCUUCCCUGUCUCACCUCAGACCCCUUACUUCAACAUGUCCCGUUCUCCUCCAGGCUUGGCCAAAACCCCUCUCUCUGCUUUAGGACUGAAGCCCCACCAUCCAGCAAACAUUCUCCAUGGUGGAUCAGACUGUGAAUCUGUAAGCGAUGAGGAGCAAGACGGCCGUGGUUAUGCUGGACACCCCCUAAAUGAUCCUAUAUCUUCCAGUAGUCCCAUCCACAGCCCAGACGGCAUGAGGAUGACUUCCUCCAUUCGUCUCCAGGCUGACUCCGGCUUCCCAUCCCACCCCUUGGAGAGUGCCCAGCACGCCCCCGUUCCGUCCUACGGCCCCCACUCCCCUGAGGGAUCCCAGGUCAGCGUUGUGGGCCCCCUCCACACCGUCCCCGGAAGCCCCAACACUCUCCACCGCACGGUGGCCACCAACACCCCACCAAGCCCCGCCCUCCAGCGCCGCCUGGCCAACCAGGCCAGCCCGGGUCUGGCUCGUCACCCCACAUCGCCCAAUGGAAACAGGGUGCAAGUCCCCGGCAGCCCUGUGAUCCCCUCAAGAGGCUCCAGAACCGCCGCCGUCCCUCCUAGCCCUUUGAUGGGGCGCCACCCGAUGGCCAGUGGCCACACUACGCCUGAUGACAGACAGGGGGCACCACCCACGCCCUCCUUCCCAGUGUCGCCCCAGCCGAUGCUUCCAGAGAAGAGGCGGAUGCCCAGUGGAGAGAGGUCCAAUGGGGGGCUGUCGUAUGGGACUCUGGAUGGGAAGACCACCAUACCCACCUUACCCAGUGGAGGCAGCACGCCCAGUGUGUCCACCUCUCACACCCUACCCGAUCUCUCCAAAUUCUCCAUCUACGACCAGAGUCCAGACAUCAGGCUGAACGUGAAGUUUGUCCAGGACACGUCUAAGUUCUGGUACAAGCCAGACAUCUCCAGAGAGCAGGCCAUCAGUCUGCUGAGAGACAGGGAGCCAGGGGCCUUCGUUAUCAGGGACAGCCACUCCUUCAGAGGGGCCUACGGCCUGGCCAUGAAGGUGGCCUGCCCACCUCCCACCGCCCAGGCCAACAAGAAAGUUGGUGACAUCACGAGCGAGUUGGUGAGGCACUUCCUGAUUGAGACGAGCCCCAAAGGCGUGCGUCUGAAGGGCUGUCCCAACGAACCCUACUUCGGAUGUCUGUCUGCCCUGGUGUACCAACACUCGAUGACUCCUCUGGCCCUGCCCUGCAAGCUGAUGAUCCCCAGCAAAGAUCCCAAUGAGGAGGCCCUGGAGCUGGACACUCCCACUGACACAGUGGCCGAGCUGGUGAAACAAGGAGCAGCAUGCAAUGUUCUUUACAUCAGCUCUGUGGACAUGGAGUCUCUGACCGGUCCACAGGCCGUCGUCAAGGCAAUCAGCGAAACGAUGGCCGUCAAUCCGUUGCCCGUGGCAACAACCGUCCACUUCAAAGUGUCGUCGCAGGGCAUCACCCUCACGGAUAGCCAGAGGAAGGUCUUCUUCCGAAGGCACUACCCAAUCAACACUGUCACCUACUGUGACAUUGACCCCCAGGACAGGAAGUGGAGCAAGGAAGGAGGUGGAACGGCAAGACUGUUUGGUUUCGUGGCACGUAAACAAGGAAGCACAACGGACAACGUCAGCCACCUGUUUGCCGAGUUGGACCCCGACCAGCCUGCUUCAGCCAUCGUCAACUUCGUCUCCAAAGUCAUGAGGCGGUGAAACCAACGAACCCCCGGCAGCCAUUCUUUUGUUCUUCAAUUUUUUUUCUUCAUUUUGGAUUGUGUUUCAUUAUUUUCUGUUCUCUUUGUUGAGAUCUGUUCUCUUUGUUUUAUUCUGCGAGAUUUUAUGUUUGAAGGACUUGGAGGUAAUUCAAGAUGGCGCCAGAGGAAGUUGUGGCUGGAGUGGUGACAGUGAUAAUGUGUCUUGAGCUGGUGGAGGAAGAAGGUUUCUUCCACAGGGUAACUGUGGAAGUCCAAGUGGACAAGCUGUGUGCUAAACUAAGUAUCAGUGGGAGAAAAGGACACUGACAUUUAUCAGGUUUUUGGAUUGAUUUACCAAAGGUAGCACUCAGAACAAGUAUGUCAUUAUUAGAUGGUCAGUUUAAGGCAUUGUAGGUUUUCUGUUUUAUUUCUUUUACAAUGGAACAGUUGAUUGAAAUGAAACAGACAAAAACAGAAAGAAUGCUUUCUUCUUGAACUUUAUUCUGUCUUCAGAAAAAUAGUUUGCCUCAGUGGCUUCUUACUAAAGAAUAUUUAAGAAGACGUUUGCAUGUUAGCUCGAUCUUUAAGCUUGGUCCACUAAAGUCAUUUGUGAACCCUCGAGUGGACAUUUCCCAGGCCUGUUGUAUGUUGUAAAGGGCUCAACAGCGAGAAAAAUAACCUGUUCUCAACUUCACAGAGCAGAUCAACCUUCUCAUAAAACACAUUGCUUAUGUUAGGUCCAGACUUGACCAGUCGAUCCUGGAGUGCACUGAUUGAUUUCAGAUGUGGGAGAUGGAUUACUCUGGCCUGUGGAAAGGUAGCUGGUAAAUCUACUGCUGUCACUCCUCCUGUCCACACGGUGGUGCUGAUUAUCCACGUUUGAAUUCAAUCCUGCUUGACUCAGACUGAUCCUCACCUGUUGGCUGCUCACAGACACUGCUAAUCAACACACUGGAAACAAACGCCAGGGACUGGUUCGAGCCCUGGGCCCUAGGCACUGUCCUGCAUGUUUUAGUCCAACUGCACCCCCUCCCUCUAAACAUCACCAAAACGGCCAUUCUACGCUGUGUUCUAUGAAGACUUUAACCCUAAGACAAGAAAACAGAGGUUGUUUGCCUUGUUAGAGACUGCAUGAUAUUAUAAACCAUUUUUGGACUCUACUAAAGAGUCCUAAAAAGAACAUGUAGACAGCCUUUUGUUGAAGUAGUUACUCGAUGGUGAGAUGCGAUAUUUUUUUAUUUUCUUGAUCCAACUUGCAGCAGGGUUUCACUGUAUCAAGCAAGGUCGUCUUUCAUUUUGAAGCAAAAGGGAAUUUAUCCUCUCACCAGAUCGCAUCUACAUACCUUUAGACAAACGUAGAGGUUGUCACACUGUGUGUAAAUGCCUGCUUCUCAAACACACACCACUCACCCAUCUUCCAUAAGCUAAGGAAAAAUGAUAUUGAUAUCAAAUGUAUAUAGAUAUACUACUUUGAAAGGUGACAUAGCUAAAAAAAAAUACUUAUUUUUGUUGCUUUGUUCCUCCAUGAUAACUCAUAUAUACAUAUAUUGUACAGUCUACAUAAAGAAGAUUACCUUAAGGAUUGAGAAAAAAAUACUUAUUUUGGCUAAUGAUUUCAAAGUCGGGAGAUUUUGAAAGGCUUUUGGAUAUAUAUGGUGUACAUUACUCAGUACAUGUAUGUUUGUUCUAGCUCGUCAUGUGUCUUCUUCUUCGCGUUCUCAGAGAUUGAGGUUAGGCAUGUAUGGGAUGAAAGCAUAUGAUUUUUACAGGAAAAAUGCAUGGACAAAACCAUCCGGGUGGUAGACCAACAUAAUGUUCAAGUUUGUCUUAUACGCUGCCAUAAUACAGCGAAUAAUAUCAGUUACCUGGCAAAUGUUGUUGCCAGUUUUAGGGUCAGCUCUUGAAUAUGGAUUUACCACAUUAUGAAAAUAUGAAAUGUUCUUAAAAAAAACAAAGUUUUUAUAAGGGAAGCAUGAGGACAUUUAAUUUAGAAGUCGACCUUAAAUGCAAUAUGUAAACAGCAAUGUGCAACCCAUCAUACCGACAUUAUGAUUUGCCAAAGAUUCAAACACAUAACUUCUAUGGUGUCUACAUGUUUGGCUUUUUUCCAAGGAAAUUGUGUUGCUAAGCCGAGUGAAUUCAUAAAUGUUCCUUCUGUUGCCAGUAAAUAUGCAGUCCCACAUACCACUAACACCACCAUUAUAUGUGAACUUCUCUAUUCUCUCUCUUGUCCUCUCCAGUUGAGUUGAGACUAUUGUUAACCCGUUUAGAAAUACCAAUCACUUACCAAUGGAAUACCACAACCAUACAACAGAUGCAAACAAUUACUUUAUAUCAUUUCAUGUGAAUAUCAGUGUUGAAGGCAAAAUGUUGUCUACAAUUCUUCAAAUGUCUUUUAUUUGAGCUACUACGUCUAGCUAUAGUCACCCCGAUGUCCAAACCGUGGCCCUCCGUGGCCCUCUCACAAGUAACAUGAUUUAUUUAUUCUCCUUAUCCUUAUUUAUUCUUUAUUUGCUGGUAUGUUUUUUUUUAAAGGCCUCAACAUUUCAAGCUACACGACCCUGCAGGCUGUCAGUCAGUGUUAACCAAUGGAAAUGGAAUGUAUUUAUGUGUGGAGUUCAGUGUACAGACGGGGACUUAAUGAGUUUGUGAAUGUACUACUAAGGAUGUACAGAAGGGUAUUGUGUUGUUGGUUGUUUUUUUUUCAUUUGCAUUAUACUGUCAUGGCUUACCUGUUCCUGAGGAGAAAAAAAACAUUAAAGCAAUACAAAUCCGUUACAGUAAAACAU